AUGGCAAUCAACUUGGAGGAGGGUGAGGGUGCUGAACUUCUCGGGCAGGUCCGCAAGUGUGGUGGUAUUGCCCCCGAGGACAAGGUCGGCGCUAUCGAAAUAUCAAGCGAGACAUUCAAGAGAAGUGAGAACACAUUGUCUACGACUACAACACACAACGCCAAGGUCCAGGCGGGUGAGCUGCCCGAUCCGCCGCUGCACCACUGUCGCACAGCCUCAAACCUUUUGCAUCACGUCCAAUCACCGUAA